AGCAUUCACAGACGGGGUGUGACACGGACAGGUUAGCACUGCAAGCUUGAAGAUCUCGAACGUUGUUACCAACUUUGUCUCACAGAUCACAAAAACAGAGACAUGGACGCACCUAGAAAAAAGACGUCUAGGAGAUACGUGUGGGGCUGUGUCGCCUUAGUCGUUCUCGUGGUGGUGGUGAUUGCACUGUCUGCUGCACUGGCCGUCUGUAGGGCGCCAAGGCCAGCGGAGCCGAAAUUUAAAGUCGGGGACCCCUGCCAACCUUUCAGCCCGCCGAUCGGCAGCGGGGGGCCGUACACCAAGGCUGCCGUCGCAGCAGAUGCCGGAAGGUGUUCAGAGAUCGGACGUGAUAUACUUAAGAAGGGUGGUUCAGUCGUGGACUCCGCCAUUGCGACUCUCCUGUGCAUCGGACUGUUCAACGCGCACAGCAUGGGGAUCGGCGGGGGCUUCUUCAUGACCGUUUACAACAAGGAGAACAACGCGGCAGAAGUCAUCAACGCCAGAGAGACCGCCCCUGCGGGAGCCUCCAAAAACAUGUUCGAAUCAGCUUCAUCUAAAACAGGUGGACUCGCCAUUGCCGUACCAGGUGAGAUCCGUGGCUACUGGGAGGCGCACAAGAGACACGGGAAGCUUCCAUGGAGUGACCUGUUCCAACCGGCUAUACAGAUAGCAGAAGAGGGCUUUUGCAUUGGCAACGCAAUGGCUAUUGCUAUCACUGAGACCAAGGAUAACAUAACGAAUCCAGACAACCACAUGUGUGAGAUUUUCUGUGACGAGAACAAAAACAUUUUGGGAGAAAGACAGGUCAUGAAACGACCCCAGCUUGCAAAAACGCUCCGUGCGAUUGCCGACGGCAAUGCAGACAACUUCUACACGGGGGACAUGGCCAAGAAUCUGGUGAAGGACAUACAGGACGCAGGUGGAAUCAUCACAGAGCAGGAUCUCCUGGACUACCGGGUGAAUGUAACGGAUCCCCUGAAGAUCUCGAUUGUGGGAGGCCUGACUGUUCUAUCGCCUCCUCCUCCAGCUAGUGGGGCCGUCUUAAGUCUCAUCCUCCACAUCCUGGAAGGUUAUGGUUUGGACGACUCCAGUGUGGACGGGUCAGACAAGCAGACACUGACGUACCACAGGAUGGUCGAAGCCUUCAAGUUCGCCUACGCGAAGAGAACGGAGUUGGGAGAUCCCAAUUUCUUAGAUAUAGAGCAGCUCGUGAGAAACAUGACGUCCCCUGACUACGCCGAAUCCCUGCGUCUGAAGAUAGACGACUCGAUGACGCACAACUACACGUACUACGGACCGUCCUACGCGAUGUCUCCGGGCGGCGGCACCUCACAUCUGUCUAUACUGGGGCCGAACGGCGACGCCGUGGCCGUAACCAGCACCAUUAACCAGUAUUUCGGUUCAACGGUACGAUCACCGUCGACUGGCAUCAUCAUGAACGAUGAGAUGGACGAUUUUUCCUCCCCAAACAAGACUAAUUUUUACGGGGUCCAUCCCUCUCCAGCAAACUACAUCAAGCCCGGAAAGCGCCCCCUAUCGUCCGUGACGCCCUGCAUCGUGCUGGACUCUAACAAUGACGUCAGGCUGGUGGUAGGCGCAUCAGGGGGGUCGAAAAUCACCACGGCAACGGCCUACGUGGCAAUGCAACACCUGUGGUUGGGACUUGACAACAUCAAGUACGCCGUAGAGAAACCCCGCCUGCAUCACCAGCUGCUACCACAGCAGAUUGACGUCGAAAGCAGACGACCUUUUAUACCAAAAGCUGUCUUGGAGGGACUCCGACAGAAAGGUCACGAUAUCGAGGAGGCGGACUCCGCUAUAGUCCAGGCCGUGGCGAGGAUCGGUUCUAGUAUCACUGCUCAUUGUGACUCCCUGAAAGGAGGCUUCCCCUCAGGGUAUGAUUAAAACGUUAGAAUGGCAGAAUUGCCUUAGAACAUCUAUGCAUGAAGUACACUCCUUUGCGCAUGAGGCCGCAUUCAAAAUGUUGCAUUCCAUGUUGCAGUGCAUUGUAAACUGGUCAGAAUUGCCCUGAGGAAGUUGUAUGUGGAAUAAAGCACUUGGCAUAGCCUACUUGGGCUAACUAGGGGCGUACUAGAUACUACAUUACUCGUAGAAAUGCCAUUCAAAGUGAACAAUAUUUUAGAAAUUCCUGUUAAGUACUGUGUAUGGAGAAAGAUGAGAAAAGCAAAAGGUUUACAAAAUAGGUUAAAGGAAGGGGAACUUAUGGUGUAAGCAGUAAGGUGACAUGUUCUUGUACAGUAGAAGUCAGUUAAUUGCACAUUUGAUAAACGCACAGUGUAGUACAAUAUGUGUGUGUGUGUGUGUGUGUGUGCGAGCUUCUUGGUUGGUUGCACUGAUUUGAUAUUUGUUUUAAGUAAUGUGCUUCAGGUUACAUUAAUUUAACGUGUAGAGAUUUGUGUAGGUUUUUAAUUUUUCGACCUAAUGUUUGUUGCAAGUUUUAUGAUGUGUCGUAGUGGUUGGAAAUGCUGAUAUUGGUGAUGUGGUGUAUUUUUGAAUUAAUUCAGUUAAUAGAUUUUGAAGUUUUUCUUCCAACAAUGUUUUAUGCUUGAAUUGGAAAACAUUUAAGUAACGAAUGAUUAAAUGCUUACUUAACAAAAGACGAUACAAACAAUUGUGUAUGCAAAGUGUUUCAAAUCACUAUUCUGAU